CUGUUGGUCACUUACUUAAGGCAAAAUCAUUCAUCCCUUGAUUCAUUAGCACGAACUCUGUCCCAAAAUUUUAGGUUACAAUACACUUCACAAAUCGAAGAGCUUCUAAUAUUUAUUUUUGUUACACUUACGAAGGGAAUUGAAUUAAAAGUCGAACAGUUAUGUCUGCAGCAACACAAACUAUAGAAAGCAAUGGAAAGGUAGCCAUUGUAACUGGGUGUGCUUCAGGUGUGGGUGUGUACUCAAUUUCUUCGAGCAGAUUAAUGUCCUUCAAAAAAAUAUCUUGACACCGACAAGCUUUCAAACAUGAAUAUAGUUCCGGUCAACUUUGCAUCAAUUUUACUUCCACAUCAUGCCCGAAGGAAGACUUUGACACCGAGCAGGAUUCGCUACAACAAUCCGGUUCCUCAGUUCCAAGUAUUACGUGCUUGCGGUGGACAUCAACGAGCUGGAUUACGCGAAACUCGGCGACGUGAGCACUGAAAGACUACACUUCUAUCGCGGCAACCUCCUAGCGGAUGGCGAAACUGAUAAAGUGAUCAAGCUUUGCACCGAGAAAUUUGGGUAUGAUCAUGUGACAAAGCAGCCGAUGAAAGUUGUAUCGCUAAUUGCAUCACGAAAGUCCGAAAUUGGAUGUUCUCGCCAAUGUUGCAGGUAUCGCAGAUGGUCUUGCCUCUGCAGACAACUUCUAUGAUGAUGAGUGGGAUCGCGUGAUUGGUGUUAACCUUACCAUCCCAACACGGUUGAUUCGUGGGGCCAUUCCUUUGAUGAGGGCCAAUGGCGGUGGUUCUAUCGUCAAUGUUUGUUCGAAGUCUUCUACUAGUGGUGCGAGUGGUGGUGUAGCUUAUACAGCUUCUAAGCAUGGCUUGGUAAGUGCUUUCAAGAAUACAGAAUUCUUUUAUUAUUAAAAAAGCUAACGCAAAUAUAGCUUGGAGUAACAAGGAGCACUGCUUUCCAUUUCCGAAACGAAGGGAUUCGUUGUAAUGCCGUUUCCCCCGGAAGUAUGCUAAUGAUUUCCCUCUUAGAGAGUUCUCUUUCUCUAAUAUCUACAAUCAGGAGUCAGUGAUACCAACAUAGAUCUUCUGUCUAUGAAAACGUUUGAUAAGUCUGCUUUCGAUAGAGCAUUGUACGUCUUACUCCUCCGCUACCUUCUCGGAAGUAUGUGGAUUGAACUAAUUUGUCUAGACCGGUCUUUGGAUUGUGCGAUAUGGAGGGUAUCAAAGGCGACGACGUCGCCAACGCAAUUUUGUUCUUGUCGAGUGACGGAGCCAAGAGCAUCAGCGGAGUUGAUAUGCCUCUUGAUAAGGCUUGGAGCACGCUAUGAUCAAAUGGUGGUGUAUGUAACGUGCAAAGAAUUGCUCGGGUUAGGAGGAGAUGAUGGUGAUUGCUGGAAAUGAAGAGAAGCAUUCUCAGCUUGAUUGAUCUAGUGACCUACCCAAGAUAUUCUUAUUUUUGAAAUGGGUGUAGGGUGUCGUCCAGCUCACUUUUAGCCGAGAAAAAGUCUAGUAAUAUCAUCUUAGC